GAGGGAUCUGAAAAUCAGACGCGGCAUCGGUUCUUCGGACCCGAUCCGCAUCAUGGGCGGCCUCUUGGACAAGCCCCUGCGGGACAAGCACAUCGAGACGGGAGGAGAUGAUCGGAUGCACUGGGUCGCUGCAGACAUGCAGGGCUGGCGGCAAGACAUGGAGGACGAGCACAUUGCCAGCACCAACGUUGGCGAUGAGUUUGCCGGGUGUGGUCUCUACUGCGUCUUCGACGGGCAUGGUGGCAAGGCCGUCUCGAAGUUUUGCAAGACGCACUUCAUGCAGGAGCUGACCUCGAAGACCGCGGAGCUUGGCAAGCCAAAGUUCGGCAAGAACAAGUCGAAGAAGCGGUACUGCGGGGUCCACUUGGAGCCAGCCGACCUCGAGGCGAUCCUGAAGGAGUCCUUCCACCGCAUGGACGACAUGCUCCGCGACCCGGCCUUUGCAAAGGAGCUGGCGCGGAGCUGCGGCAAGGCGCCUGCCGGAGCGGUGGAGGAUCUUGAGCGGCAGCUCAGGGAGUUGUCGGCCAAGUCCCAGAAAGGAGCAGUGACCAUGGAAGAGCAGGCGGCCAUGAAGGAGAUGUACAUGAGGCUGCAGAAGCUGAAGCAAGCGGAAAGCGGAGAUGAGUUCGUGCCAGACACCGUCGGCUGCACCGCUGUGUCCGUGCUGGUCAGAAAGAAUGACGUGAUCACGGCAAACGCGGGCGACAGCCGCGCCGUGAUGUGCAGGGCAGGGAAAGCCCUCGAGCUGUCCUAUGACCACAAGCCCGCCUCUGACACGGAGAAGGCGCGCAUCGAAGCAGCUGGCGGCUGGCUGGAGGACAGCCAGGGCGGAGCCAGGGUGAACGGAAACCUGAACCUCAGCCGCGCAGUGGGGGACCUCGAGUACAAGAAGCGCAGCGACUUGAAGCCAGAGGAGCAGGUCAUUUGCUCCACCCCGGACGUGAUCGUGCGUGAGUUGCUCCCCGAGGAUGAGUUUAUCGUGCUGGCCUGCGACGGGGUCUGGGACGUGAUGACGAACCAGGGCAUUUGUGACUUCGUGAAGGAGCGAUUUGCUGAUGGUAAGGAUCUUCAGAUGGUUGCAACGGAGCUCUUGGACCAUUGCUGCACCGAGGACCCUGCCAAAACAGAUGGCCUGGGCACGGACAACAUGACGGUGCUCAUCGUAAAACUUGUGCCUGCCAGUCCCGCCUCAUGAGCGGAGCAGAGAGGAGCAGUGAGCACCGACUAUGAAUCAGACUUGGCGGAGAUCUCCACAUCGAUGCCAGGUCCAACGGAUGGGAACCAAAUUGAC